UUCUGGCUUUCGAGCGAAAUGGCGCGAGGACGGGUUAGUCGAAGCGGAGGGGGGAAGCGGCCGAACGCUUCCGUCGUUCCCGUUUUUAAGGUACGACCGAUUUCCGUUUAGGUCGGGCGACGGAAAUCCCUUUCCGGAGCCUUCCGACGGACGGCCGGCACCGUUUCCGAGAACUACGCCGCCGGUGUCGGGGGUAGCGGGCGACGUUAGCUUCCGUCUGUUGUCGCGCGCGCCGGGUAGGAGAGAAGAGCCGGAAAGGACCCGGAGUUCCGGAUCCGGCGCUACCGGAAGUCCGCAGAAUACGAGCCGACCCGGGCCGAGGCCGCGGCCUCUUCGUAGGUGCCGGCUGUCGACUUAUAAGAUGGCGCUGGCCGCGGUUGACCGUCGGAACGGGGGUUUCCGAGAUCCGACGGACUUUUCCGGAAGCCGAAGAAUUUCCGGUCGGGGUCCGACGACUUCCGUAAACGGCCGGAAGAUGGCGCCGUCGUCGGCCACCGCUUCCGGAAAGACAAAUUCCGUCCGAAAGAGCCCGUUUGUAUUUUCGCGGCGAUUUCGACGGUGCGUUACCGCCUCCGUAAACUUCGCGCGCCCCGUUGUACCGCCGCCAAUUUACGUUUCCUCCGUUCGAAAUUUGUUUACGUAAAAUCAACGUACGGAAGACGCUAUUUACCUGCUCCACCGCCCUCUUAUCGUAUUAAAAUAGCCCCGUACUCACCAGAAGUUUCCUAUAAAACCGCCAAAACAUUUAAAUUAUUUAAAAUAAGGUUACGCAUUUCCCACGGUUGCUUUUUCCGUGUAAAAUGUUAAGAAAUCUACUUUUAAAAUCGUCAUUAACGUAAAAACGCGCUGGUGGAUGACGACGCGGUGGCUCGUUUUACAUUUCAAAAAUUGGAAUACGUCCCGGAAGAUCUGGGAAUUCUUUCUGUACGUGCCGAUUUAUAAUCAAAAUAAUAAUUUACUCGUUCGGAAUAAAACUUUUUUGCAAAUUGCGUCGUAUAGAAGUGUCGGGGAUUGCCCUUAUACGCAGUAAAAAGAAUUGGAAAUAGUGUGGUUUAAAAAAUGUGGUUAAUUUUCAAAAAGGCAUUAUGCUUAGAAAAUUUGCUUCAUGUUUGUUUAUGUAUCUACUGCAUCAGACGUAUUGUACAACCGAGAAUAUUUCCUAUCUAUCUAGUCAAGUUUUUACUGUGAGAAAUCCAAAUUCUUUUUUACGUAUAGAGUCAAAUUGGUCAUUCCCAUUGAGCAAAGGACUCAAAUUUAAAUUCAGGACUAAACAACCAAAUGGUCUUAUAAUGUAUCAUGGAAUGAAUGAUUCAACUGGAAGUUUAGUAUAUGCAUUAUAUCUAAUUUUAGAAAAUGCAAAAUUGAGAGUAAUACAUAAAACUGACACAUUUUCAGCAGAUUCUUUUCAUGUAGGGAAAGGUUUGAAUCAUGAUAAAUGGCAUGAAGUUUCAUUAGUAGCAGUUUUAUCAACACUAAAUUUGAGGAUUGAUGUUGAUAGUACAUAUGUAAAUGCACAGUUACCAUCAUUAGAAAAAUAUUCAGGAUUUCAUAAUGAAAUGAACAUUUCAUCUUUUUUCUAUUUCGGAGGGUUUGAUGUUAUGCCAAUUUCAAGUCAAUUGUAUAAUUAUGAAAAAUUUAUCGGGUGUAUAGGAAAUAUUGAGUUUUACAAGUCAAAUUUAAAUUUGUCCAGAGCAUCUGUAAAGUUUUCUAGUGUAGAAAAUGGUUGUAUAGACUUAUGUUUAACAGGAAAUAUUUGUGAAAAUAAUGGAAACUGUGUAAAUCAUUAUACCAGGAUCAGUUGUAAUUGUUUUGGAUCUCAAUAUGAAGGAAAUAUAUGUGAACAAAGAGGAUUAACAGCUAUUACUCUCUUUGGAUAUUCACGCUUAACUUACAGAAUUUAUGAUUGGAGUAGUCGAAUUCAUUCUGAAAUAAAUAAAUUAGGUAUUUCUUUCAAAGCAUAUUUUCCAAAUUCAUUAUUAUUUUAUGCUUCUGGAAAUGAACCUCAUCAUAAUUAUUUUAGUGCUGUGAUUUUAAAUGAUGGUCUUUAUUUUGAAAUGAGCCUAGGAGAUGAAAUGUUAAAUGCUACUAUGUCUAACAUUGUUCUUGGAAAGUGGCAUAAUUUUACAAUGAUUCAUCAUGGAAAAGAAAUAACUUUAAUUCUUGAUUCCACAUCAGUCACACUGUAUAAUAGUGGACCUCAUUAUCAUUUGAAUAUUGACCCAUAUUUAUUUAUUGGAGGGAUAUCGGUUAAUUCUAAAGGCCCUAAAUUUGGAUAUAACUUUGUGGGAUGUUUGAAAGGCGUUUAUUUUAACGAUAAAGAUAUUUUGUUUUCUUUGAGAAGUAACGAUGGUGUGGUACGUCAUCACAGUUUAUUUCCCAUGCAAUUUGGAUGCCAACACAUAGCAUUUAUUCCUAUGACAUUUCCCUUUGUGGAGUCACAAAUAGUGAUAAAUAGUUCAUCAAAUAGUAUACAUCAAGUUUCUUUUGAAUUUAAAACUACAGAAAAGAAUGGCAUUAUAUUUACUGCUAAUAUAAAAUUGAAUUCUUCUGCAGGAUUAUGGCAGGAAAGCGAGAUGAAUAGUUUAACUCCUCCGGAACCAUUUUCUAUGGACACGUCGAAUCCAGAAAAUUGGAGUCUAUGGAAGCAACGAUUUGAUAUUUAUGCAACGGCUAUAGAUUUACCUGCAAAAAGUAUUCCACAGCAGAGAGCCAUCCUGCUCCAUAUUAUCGGAGAAAAAGGCUUAGAAAUAUACAANGCAAGAUGGACGGCUCUGUUUAAUGUAUGCGACUGGAGAUCGUCCGGUCCAAGUAGAACCCUGAAUAAAGUAUUCAGAUCAUCUGAAGCUAUUGAACCUUACAAUGAAAAAAGAUCAUUGUAA